AUAUGCGAAAUCCCUUAAUUAAUUUAAGAAGAAAAUGUGCGGGCUUCGUGAUGAGUUUUAAUAAGGGAAGAUGUGGUUUAAAAUUGGUUUACUGCUCAUCUUGGUUACCGAAGAGGUACGCGGAUAUAUAGAGUAUGUGGAAACAAGCGGCUGCGAGUCAUGUGUUCUGCGAUUAACCUGCAGGCACUUGAAUUCAAUUAUUAGCGUGCUGGAAGCCAAUUUUGAAGUGAUAGAAAGCUAUAUUAACGAAACGUUGCCAACCCCUUUUCCACCAAUGCAUCCACGCAUUGCCUUAAAUCAAAGGUGUUCCGGUGUAAAUCACUGCAGCUUUAUACUCACAAAAGACUGUCCAGGUGCUGAUAAAUGGGGCCUCGGAAAUUUAACAGUAAAUUAUGCCUGUAUAUCAGAAGACCGUCUCACGAAGUACUGCAAUAAGGAGAUUUUAUUGGCCUCUCCGGAGACGUUCGGCAUCUCGCGCGGAUUUAUUCAUAAUCCAGGUUAUCCGAGAUUCUAUCUGGGGAAACAGAAAUGCCGAUGGACGAUACAUGCGCCGCCUUUACAACGCGUCAAAGUCACAAUUUACGACAUAUCACUGGUAGCCGAUCCGAAUUUGAGCAAGUGUUCAGAUAUUGUCGAAGUUAGUGAUAGGGGUCAGAUUUUAUAUUCAACUUGCGAACAACACGAGCCGCCUCUCGAAAUAACGUCAUUAGACGAUACGUUAGAUGUAACCCUUAUACCUUCGCCUAAAGAGAAUCUCUUGCCGAGGCGCGGAAUUAUGUUUUAUUAUACCGCCGUUGGAUGUUCCACUCCAAUCGCGCCCAAAGAUGGAUAUUUAGUUUAUAGGAAUGAUACAGUUGCAGAGUACAGUUGCUGCGUUGGUUACGCUUUUCCUGAUACCAGAAUACGGAGUCGAAUUAUAAAAUGUUUGGGGUAUAGGUGGAACACGACGGUGCCUCUGCCUGAUUGCAAAUGUAAUGCUACACUAUCCAUUAACGAGACAAUUACUACCUCGCCUAACAAUACAAAUAAAGUAGGAAUCAUGACUGUAUCAAAUGAUAUCGAAGAAAUUGUGAUACCCUCAAUUGUGAUCGUGGCUUUAUUCCUUAUUAACGCCGUCGUCUUGUUCGUCAUUUAUAGGUAUAAAAAGAGGGACGAAUCGGUUUCCAGACAAAAUGGUCAGGGGCGAGACAACGGGUACGGAACAGUGGGGACAUAAUGGCGGGAACUAAAGGCCACUAACCAUGGCUAAUGAAUGAUGUCAAAUUCACCUCAAUCCAGAUUCGAACACCUGACCCCCGGCUAUGUAGCCCAACGUAUCUACACUGAACCACACAGACGGAUCUGUCUAACGUCCGAAAAAAAUUCCGCCCUUAAUAAAUCAGGGCCAGAAACAAAUACUUAAUACUUCAGCUAAAGGGUGAUAUGUACAAAAUCUUCAAAAUGGUAAGUCACUCAAGUUUACGGUACCACUAUACUCUGUAUUCAGUUGUUUUUCUUUUUGUUGGCAUUAACCCUACACCUUAGGGCUUUUGAGUUUUCAUUGUCCUAUUAAUUUCAAUUGCUUUAUUGCUAAAAUGUGUUCAGAUAUCUCAAAAAUUAAGAAAUUUAGAUGUUGAGCACAUAAUUUCAAAUUUGUUAUAAAAACAACACUUAAAAUAGUGAGUCAGUAAUGUAGUGUGAGAUCAUGGUCUGCUCACUGUGCAGUCAAUUAUUGUUGCGUGUAUUUCUUAUGAACAUGUUUUGAUCGUAAGCUAACCGAUAUGUGAAUCGGCAUUAACUCCACCUUCAGUUUUAAAAUACCUUAUCCCCUCCGAAAAUGCACACCAAAUCUAACUAUAAACAAAGAGUACCCAUAAUAAGAGAUACAGCGCAAUGGUAUAAACGUGUGUUGGCUAUAAGAACUCGCCCGCUAGGAUUCCAAAAGCGGGCCCUCGCGUAGAGGUGACCAGAACUAACCGCCUCUUUAAAUAUUGGCGCGUAUUGAAUUAAUUUUGUAUAGAUGCCUACAUACGCUGAGUUGUUUAAUCAUUAACAAUCAAUCAUUACAAUGCAAUAAUCCUUAUGUCCUGAGAAAAAAAACAUCAGUCUAAUCCAAUAAUCAG